GUUUUGCAAUAUACAUGACUAACGUUAUGGAAACUAUCUAAAGUUUGUAUGUUCUUCGCGUUUUAAUCGCUUUGUUUAUGUUUUUCAAACUAAAAGAAGUCUACUUUGAUUUACAGCAAUGCCGAAGAUAUUUCAGAUCUUUAAAAAGCCAGGUCUUCAGCAAGGAGCUGUGGAAGUGCUUGUCACUAAAAUCAACCGUGCGUUCCAGAGGGAGUGUAUCAAAUCCAUUGACACGGAAAUAUGCUUCUAUAUACAGAGUCGUUUAAAUGAUCUCUCCACUGAAGACUACAUGAAGCUGACAUGGAUAUUAUCAACGCCUUUCCAUAUUAAUCGGCUGUACCACGAGAGUCAGUUCAAAGAUGGUGAUUUUGUUGUCGAAAUCGGACCCAGAUUAAACUUCUCCACAGCGUUUUCCACCAAUGCCGUAUCGAUGUGCAGGUCAAUGGGUCUGAGGCACAUCACGCGAAUCGAAGCAUCAGUUCUGUACCACAUGACAUUUAUAAGUGACAUCAAGCCGUCACUUACACAGGAGAACAUCAUUGUCACUCUGCUACACGACCGUAUGACACAGUGCAGGUACAAAGAGCCCAUUAAAACAUUUGACUUGGAUGUCAAACCGGAGCCUGUGUUUGAGGUGGAUGUAAAAGGUCAGGGAAGGGCUGCCCUGGAGAAGGCAAACAAAGAUCUAGGACUGGCAUUUGAUGACUGGGAUCUGGAUUACUACACAAAGUUAUUUCUUGAAAGAAUAAAAAGAAACCCAACCAGUGUAGAAUGUUUUGAUUUAGCACAGUCUAAUAGUGAGCACAGCCGCCAUUGGUUUUUCAAGGGUAGAUUGGUGGUUGAUGGCAAGGAGCACCCUAAGUCUUUGUUUGACAUGAUCAUGGCAACACAGGCAUACAGCAAUGACAACAAUGUCAUUAAGUUCAACGACAACAGCAGUGCAAUUCGAGGCCAUACAACCAGAGUACUGAUACCUGAAAACCCGACCGCCCCCAGUAAGAUGGUCAUACAUCCUGACGUGACUCAUCACAUCAUCUUUACAGCUGAAACACACAACUUUCCCACAGGUGUUGCCCCAUUCCCCGGAGCUGCCACAGGAACCGGUGGACGCAUUAGAGACAUACACAGCACGGGACAGGGAGCCCAAGUUCUGGCUGGAUUGGCUGGAUACAGUUUCGGAAAUCUCAACAUACCUGGUUACACGCUACCAUGGGAAGAUGCGGAGUACCCGUACCCGGGGAAUUUUGCCUCGCCUCUUGAGAUUGCAGUGGAGGCCAGUAAUGGAGCCUCUGACUACGGGAACAAGUUCGGUGAACCCGUGAUUGCGGGUUUCGCACGGUCGUUCGGUCUCACGUUGUCGAGUCGGAAGAGAUAUGAGUAUGUUAAGCCCAUCAUGUUCAGUGCAGGAAUCGGAACCAUCGACAGUAUCCACAUAAAAAAACAAAUCUCUGAAAAGGGUAUGGAGGUUGUAAAACUUGGGGGACCAGUCUAUCGAAUUGGUGUAGGUGGAGGUGCUGCCUCGUCAGUUGAAGUUCAAGGUGACAACAAAGCCAAUUUAGAUUUUGGAGCUGUCCAGCGAGGUGAUGCCGAAAUGGAACAGAAACUGAAUCGUUUGAUACGAGCCUGUGUAGAACUAAGGGAGAGAAAUCCAAUUUGCAGUAUUCAUGACCAAGGAGCUGGAGGGAAUGGCAAUGUUUUAAAGGAAAUAGUUGAACCUGCGGGUGCUGUGAUUCGAGCCGACGACUUCCAGCUGGGUGAUCCGACCCUGAGUAUCCUGGAGCUGUGGGGAGCGGAGUACCAGGAGAGUGACGCAAUCCUUCUCCAGCCCAAAGACUCCAGUCUCCUGAAGACCAUCGGGCAGAGAGAGCGCUGUCCGGUCUGCUUUGUUGGAUCUGUUACUGGAAAUGGAAAGAUUCAGCUAGAAGACUUCAGUGAUAAAGUUUAUGAAAAUGGCACAAGAAAGAAAGUGGCCAGAAGGGAGACGGUGUUACCGGUGGAUUUAGAUUUAGAACAUGUGUUGGCAUCCAUGCCUAGAAAGACAUUUAAAAUGGUCCGCCAUGUUCCAGAUCUACUUCCCUUGUCUCUUCCGGAGAACCUGCAGAUUCGCGACGCGCUGGACCGAGUUCUGAGACUUCCGUCUGUAGCCAGCAAGAGAUACCUCACCAACAAGGUGGACAGAUCUGUGACCGGUUUAAUUGCUCAGCAGCAGUGUGUAGGACCACUGCACACUCCUCUGGCUGAUGUUGCUGUUACAGCCAUUUCUUACUUUGACACAGUUGGGUCUGCGACUGCCAUUGGAGAACAGCCAAUCAAAGGUCUCGUCAAUCCUGCAGCUGGGGCUAGGAUGUCUGUCGCCGAAGCGCUGACGAACCUGGUGUUUGCCAGAGUCACAAACCUGAAGGAUGUAAAGUGCAGUGGUAACUGGAUGUGGCCUGCCAAGCUGCCUGGUGAAGGAGCCGCCUUGCUGGAUGCAUGCCGGGCGAUGUGUGAUGUUAUGAAGCAGCUGGGAAUAGCGGUGGACGGAGGCAAAGACUCGCUCAGUAUGGCUGCACGAGUUGGGGACGACACUGUCAAAGCACCUGGAACACUGGUAAUCUCUGCCUAUGUUGGAUGUCCUGAUAUUACAGCCACUGUCACCCCAGAUCUCAAAUGUCCAAAUGGCUCAGGAACGUUGCUACAUGUAAAUUUUGGAAAUGGCUACCGACUUGGAGGAUCUGCCCUGGCCCAGUGUUACAAACAGAUCGGUGAUGACGCACCGGACCUCAAUAACGUGGAUGUGUUGAAGAACGGAUUUGCUAUCACACAGAGCUUGUUGACAGAUAGGAAAAUCACGGCAGGGCAUGACAUCAGUGAUGGAGGGUUGAUAACGUGUUUGCUGGAGAUGGCUUUUGCGGGAAAUUGUGGAUUUGAAGUAGACAUUGCUGAAAGAUUCCAUUCCAAAGUCACAGAUAUCGAGAUUUUGUUUGCCGAGGAAGCUGGUUUGGUGCUGGAAGUAAGACAGGAAGAUGCUAAUGCCAUCUGUGAGAUGUACAACAGCCGACUUGUGCCGUGUUACAAGCUGGGGUUCUCAGUACAUUCAGACGAGGUGACACUGACCAUCGAGGGUAACGAGGUGAUCUGCGACUCGGUGUCGUGUCUGCGAGACAUCUGGGAGGAGACGAGUUUCCAGCUGGCCCGACGCCAGACGAACCCGCACUGUGUGGAGCAGGAGGAGGUCGGGCUCAAACACAGGAAGAGUCCACCGUACUCCCUGACCUUCGACCCCAGCGACAACAUCACACUGGCCCUGAAGAUAGAAAAGAAACCCUCGGUUGCGGUUUUACGGGAGGAAGGGAGCAAUGGUGACCGAGAACUGGCUGCUGCGUUCCACAUGGCCGGGUUUGAAGUCUGGGACAUCAACAUGCAGGACCUCUGUUCAGGAAAGAUAACUCUUGAUGGCUUUCGAGGACUGGCCUUUGCUGGGGGCUUUAGCUAUGCAGAUGUUCUUGGGUCUGCAAAAGGCUGGGCUGCCACAGCACUGUUUAAUAACACUGCCCAGACUCAGCUGUCGAGGUUCCAGGCCCGUACGGACACGUUCAGCCUCGGUGUGUGUAAUGGCUGCCAGCUGAUGGCCCUGCUGGGAUGGGUGGGCAGCAUCAAGAGUGAUGAUGAACUGGACAGGCAGGGACUGCUUCUCGAGCACAACACAUCGGAGCGUUUUGAAUCGAGAUUUACCACCGUAAAAAUUCUUCAAAGUCCUGCCAUGAUGUUGAAGGGAAUGGAGGACACAGUGUUUGGUAUGUGGGUGUCACAUGGAGAAGGGAAGAUGGUGUUCAAAAACCUGGAGAUCCAUAACAAUAUCAUCAAUGCCAACUUGGCUCCUGUUAGAUAUGUAGACGAUGAUGCCAGAGUUACCUGUACUUACCCACUCAAUCCAAAUGGCUCACCAGAUGGCAUUGCUGCUGUGUGUUCCCAAGAUGGCCGACACUUGGCAAUUAUGCCUCAUCCAGAACGGUGCUUCCUGGGCUGGCAGUGUCCAUGGAUGCCGUAUGAGUGGAGGGAAGAGAAGAAACCCUCUCCGUGGUGUAGAAUGUUUCAGAAUGCUUAUGUCUGGUGUGCUAAGUCAUGAUAUCACAGGUUCAGUUAGCUUUGUCAGAUACAACAAAACCAAUGCAAAACCAGAUCUUUCUCUUUUUUUUUCUAAAAUUUAAAUGAUUAAGUGAUUAUGCAAACUUUUAAAUAUCCCAUUGCCAGCCCUUGCAAUUCACAUUGAUAUUCAUUAAUGCAAUGUAAAAGCUGAAGUUAAAUCGAUUAAUAUUAAUAUUAAUAUACACCUUUUUUCAUAUAUGGAAUGAUCCCUUAUUUCUUUUCAUCCAUAUAUAAAUGCAAUUACAGUUUUAAUAAUAAACUCAACUGUUUUGUUUUAACAUUUCUGUGUGCCAUACAAAUAAUUUGUUGUAAGUGAAUUUACAUCACAAAAAAACUGGAUGGUACAAGCUGUCAAAUUUGUCUGUUCGAGAGUUAAGCUAUAAUGAGUAAUGAUAGUGCAGUGACUAAACAUUGAGCUUUUCACUUAUUCUAAGUGGGGACAAGUACGGUGAUACCAUUAGCUUUAACCACCAUACCACCAAUGCCAGUUGCAUUUUGGGGGAAAUAUUAUUUAAACGAUCAACUUGUUUAUGACAGUACUAAUAUCGAAUAUAAAAUAUUUUUAACUCCUGAAACAUAUGCCAUAUUUCUUUCUUGUGUUGCAACUGUGCAAGCACUGUUGUGUGUGUGUGUGUGUGUGUGUGUGUGUGUUUCAUAGAUUCAUUCGCAUUAUGUUAAGUCCCAGUAUGUAUGGUAGUUAACUUGUUUACUGCACUGGUCGCUCAGUGACAUGGCCACAAGUUUAUAUCAGUUGUGAUGGAUAGUCAAGGACAGAACAAAUGCAUCAUUCAUUUAGCAGGAAAUUUUACGGGUUUAUUGUAUAUAUAGUUUGAAAAGUAAGGAUUGUAAGAUGUAUGUAGAUGUUGCUGAUCUCAAACUUUGCCAUUAAAAAAAAAUUGAUUGGAGUGAUUAAGUGCUUCCCUUAGAUUAUGGAAAGACAUUUAAAAUAUUACUGUACUGAGCAUAUAUAUAAUACUUUUGUAGUACGUUUUUUUUCUUUUCUUUUUUUAAUUGUUCACAUGUUAAGGGGAGCUAAACAUGACUCUCUUUGUACUAGUCUCAGGGAAGAUAUGGGGAGCAGAGUGAUAGCGCCCCUUAAAUGUCAAGGUCUGCGAUCUUGUUACAUGCAUGAUAUUAUGAAGUAUCUAUGUAAAUGAUGUUAUGAAGUAUCUCUGUACAUGAUAUUAUGAAGUAUCUCUGUACAUGAUAUUAUGAAGUAUCUAUGUAAAUGAUGUUAUGAAGUAUAUAUGUACAUGAUAUGAAGUAUCUAUGUAAAUGAUGUUAUGAAGUAUAUCUGUACAUGAUAUUAUGAAGUAUCUCUGUACAUGAUAUUAUGAAGUAUCUCUGUACAUGAUGUCAUGAAGUAUCUCUGUACAUAUUAUGAAGUAUUUCUGUACAUGAUGUCAUGAAGUAUCUCUGUACGUGAUAUUAUGAAGUAUCUCUGUACAUGAUGUCAUGAAGUAUCUCUACAUGAUAUUAUGAAGUAUCUCUGUACAUGAUGUCAUGAAGUAUCUCUGUACAUGAUAUUAUGAAGUAUUUCUGUAAAUGAUGUUAUGAAGUAUAUCUGUACAUGAUGUCAUGGAGUAUCUCUGUACAUGAUAUUAUGAAGUAUUUCUGUCUGUACAUGUUAUGAAGUAUGUCUGUCUGUACAUGAUGUUAUGAAGUAUCUCUGUUUAUACAUGAUGUUAUGAAGUAUCUGUACAUGAUGUUAUGAAGUAUCUCUGUACAUGAUGUUAUGAAGUAUCUCUCUGUACAUUAUGUUAUGAAGUAUCUGUCUGUACAUGAUCUUAUGAAGUAUCUCUGUCUGUACAUGAUAUUAUGAAGUAUCUCUGUACAUGAUGUUAUGAAGUAUGUCUGUCUGUACAUGAUAUUGUGAAGUAUCUCUGUCUGUACAUAUUAUGAAGUAUGUCUGUACAUGAUAUUAUGAAGUAUUUCUAUCUGUAUAUGUUAUAAAGUAUCUCUGUUUGUACAUGAUGUUAUGAAGUAUCUCUGUUUGUACAUGUUAUGAAGUAUGUCUGUACAUGAUAUUGAGGUAUUUCUGUCUGUACAUGAUGUUAUGAAGUAUGUCUGUACAUGAUAUUAUGAAGUAUCUCUGUCUGUACAUGAUAUUAUGAAGUCUGUCUGUACAUGAUAUGAUGUAUCUCUGUACGUGAUGUUACGAAGUAUGUCUGUACAUGAUAUUAUGAAGUAUUUCUGUUUGUACGUGAUGUUAUGAAGUAUGUCUGUACAUGAUAUUAUGAAGUAUCUCUGUUUGUACGUGAUGUUAUGAAGUAUGUUUGUAUAUGAUAUUAUGAAGUAUUUCUGUCUGUACAUGAUGUUAUAAAGUAUAUCUGUACAUGAUGUUAUGAAGUAUCUCUGUAUAUGAUGUUAUGAAGUAUGUCUGUACAUGAUAUUAUGAGGUAUUUCUGUCUGUACACGAUGUUAUGAAGUAUCUCUGUACAUGUUAUGAAGUAUGUCUGUACAUGAUAUGAAGUAUCUCUGUACAUGUUAUGAAGUAUCUCUGUACAUGUUAUGAAGUAUCUGUACAUGUUAUGAAGUAUCUCUGUUUGUACAUGAUGUUAUGAAGUAUGUCUGUACAUGAUAUGAUAUUAUGAAGUAUUUCUGUCUUUACCUGGAUUGAAGUAUCUCUGUACAUACUAUUGUAAAACAUUUAAAUAUCAAGUGUGAAUGCAUGAUGGUGUUAUAAAGAGUUUGUAUGUGUGAUAUAUAGAGUAUUUCAGUAUGUGUAUGCUAUAAAUAUUUCAGUAUUUGCAUAGUAUGAAUAAUUUCAAUAUAUGUAUGUUAAAAUGUAUGUCAGUAUGUGCUUCAUCAGAAUUACCUUAUUUACAUUAUGGUAACGUCAUUUUGGUUUCAUACAUAUUAAAUGGGAUAUCUUUCUGUAUGUUUUUAUUUUUCUAGUGGAAAAAGAUAAAACAAAAAAAUUGUAACAUCUCUCAAAUGUAACAUAAAAAAAAUUUCUGGUGAAAUGUGUUAUAUUUAUUGUGCACAAAACCAAAACCGUGAUGCCACGAUGUCCUGUCGUAGACAUGAAGUACAUAUGCUGUGAAGUAUAACAGUGAAACCUGUCUAAGCCAGAUUACGCUGGGGACCUAAUAUUGAUCUGAUUUACACAGGAUCCAGUGUUCAAUGGGUCGCGUUAUGGAAUUUAGAAAAUUAGAAUCUCACUUUUUUUUCCUCUUUUUUUUUUUUUACUCCAAAAAAUAGUAUACACAUCUCAGGGUUUAAUUUGUAUAGUGUUUCAUUUGUUUAUAAAAAAGUAAUGCAACCCCCACCCCACUCCACCCCACCCCAGGAUUUUGAUCAUGGUAGGCCCUGGACUGGUACUGGCAUCUUCUGUCACAUAACAUUUGUCUAAUGUUCGGCAUAAAAACCAGUCUAGAGAGGGACCGUGAUCACUCCUCAACCUGAACAUGCCUCAGGUGAUGCAACAUACAUUGAUCUUGACCAAGCGGUAGCGGUAGUAGUAAUUUCUGAAAACCACCAGGUUAUUUUGUUAAUGUAAACAAAACUUUGGGACCCUAGAUAUAUCCAUGUUGGGGUAAUAAAUUGCCAGACCAUUCAAAUAUUUUGAUAUUAGUGUCGAGAAACUGCCAUUAUUGUUAGCAGUAUAACCUUGACAUAAACAGAUUUUUAUGGAUGUAGCGAAUUAUAAAGUUUUAAAAGAUAAAAACUUAUUUUCUAUUAUUUGUCCCUUUUUUGUGAGAAUGAGAGAUAUGCAUAAAUGUAUGUAUAUUCAUAAUAUGAAGUAUACGUGUAGUCUUGUGUCUAUUUAGACCAUGUGAAACUCAUCAGAAUCGAAGAAAUAUAAUAUGAAGUUGCUAAUAAACCAAUUAAAAAUA